AACUCACCACUCGUCCGUCAACACCACUCUCAGGGUCAGAGAUGCAUGCCCCUUUUUUUUUCACUCACCCUCUCAGACUCAAAUAAAUCAUUCCAAACACUAAACUACAAAAACAGAAACUUCUCCUCCACACAAUUAUUUCUACAGUAAACAAACCCCUUUUUUUCCCUCUCCACACUCCCAAAACCCAACCAAAUAAAUCCCUCCUCACUCCCCCCACACAACACACACUCCUCCCAUCAUCACACCAUGCUCACAGUUCUGGUUCUCCUCUCACUCCUUCUUACCAUCUCCACUUCCCACAAUAUAUCAUACCCUCAUUUCCAACAACUCAAUGUCAAACAAAUAAUCCUCACAGAAACCAAACUCUACCCAAACCCAACCCAACCCUCCAAACACCCCCACAAUAAAAAACUCAACAGUGCCACCGAAGCAUCUUCAUCAGCAAAAUAUAAACUGAAGCUAGUUCACAGAGAUAAAGUCCCCACCUUUAACACCUACCACGACCACCGAACCCGAUUCAAUGCACGAAUGCAGCGAGACACCAAAAGGGCCGCCGCCCUCCUCCGGCGCCUCGCCGCCGGAAAACCCACCUACGCCGCGGAGGCAUUCGGGUCGGACGUGGUUUCCGGAAUGGAGCAAGGAAGCGGAGAAUACUUCGUGAGAAUCGGAGUUGGAAGCCCACCUCGAAACCAGUACGUGGUCAUGGACUCAGGCAGCGACAUUAUAUGGGUCCAAUGCGAACCCUGCACCCAAUGCUACCACCAAUCCGACCCCGUUUUCAACCCCGCCGAUUCCUCCUCCUUCUCCGGCGUCUCCUGCGCCUCCACCGUCUGCAGCCACGUCGACAACGCCGCCUGCCACGAGGGACGCUGCCGCUACGAAGUUUCCUACGGCGACGGCUCCUACACCAAAGGCACACUCGCACUCGAGACAAUCACGUUCGGAAGAACCCUAAUCCGAAACGUGGCCAUCGGGUGCGGCCACCACAACCAGGGAAUGUUCGUUGGCGCCGCCGGGCUUUUGGGCCUCGGAGGUGGGCCCAUGUCCUUUGUGGGCCAACUCGGAGGUCAGACCGGCGGUGCCUUUAGUUAUUGUUUGGUCAGCAGGGGAAUCGAGUCGUCCGGAUUACUCGAAUUCGGACGAGAAGCAAUGCCCGUAGGCGCUGCAUGGGUUCCCCUGAUCCACAACCCGAGAGCCCAGAGUUUUUAUUACAUUGGGCUUUCGGGCCUGGGAGUUGGGGGCCUGCGGGUGUCCAUAUCCGAAGAUGUUUUUAAACUAUCCGAAUUGGGCGAUGGUGGGGUUGUUAUGGACACCGGGACCGCCGUGACGCGGCUUCCGACGGUGGCGUAUGAGGCUUUCCGGGAUGGUUUUAUUGCCCAGACCACGAACCUGCCCCGGGCUUCGGGAGUAUCCAUUUUUGACACGUGUUAUGACUUGUUCGGGUUUGUGUCGGUUCGGGUUCCAACCGUGUCGUUUUACUUCUCGGGUGGGCCUAUUUUGACCCUGCCAGCUAGGAACUUUUUGAUCCCAGUCGAUGACGUGGGAACUUUUUGCUUCGCCUUUGCUCCUUCUUCUUCUGGUCUUUCCAUCAUCGGAAAUAUUCAGCAAGAAGGGAUUCAGAUUUCGGUUGAUGGAGCUAAUGGGUUUGUGGGAUUUGGACCCAAUGUUUGUUGAGUAAUAGUAAUAGUAAUAGCCAUUGCCAUGUAUAUCAACCAACGAUAUGAAUUUUUCUAGUCUUAGUCAUGUCACAUAUAAAAGAAACAACUAGGUCGUCGUGCAUGUGGUAAUUAAUUAACUAUUGUAUUUAAAAUAAUAAGUUGUUUCGGUUUUUGAUUGAGAUGCUAAAAGUAAUGCUUUAUGGAACUUGAAGUUUCUAGUGUUUUUUA